AUGCUCGCUGAUGACUUGAAGCUCAGCAGUGACGAGGAGGAUGCUGACAAGGUAGGGAUGCCCCGGAACAUUCUACAAACCUUUCAGAACAUUUUUGCAACAUUUCAGACUAUCUCUCUCCGCCCUUCCUCUUUCCUCCCUCUUUCCUUUCCCCAUUCCUCUCUCCUCCCUCCUUUCCCCAUUCCUCUCUGCUCCCUCCAACCCUCCUCCCCAUUUGGCUACUGCACAUUAAAAGAAAGAAGCCCCAAAAAUGUUUUCGUAACUAGUAACAAAUAACUUUGUAACUGAGUAACUUGGCUACAUCCCUUAUUUAAAGUUGUAUGAACAACAUAAGAAGGAGAGGAGAGAGAGAGAGGGAGAGAGAGACAGAGAGGGGGGAGAGAGAGAGAGAGAGAGAGAGAGAGAGAGAGAGAGGGGGGAGAGAGAGACAGGGAGGGGAGAGAGAGAGAGCCAGAGAGGGGGGAGAGGGAGCGAGAGAGAGACAAAGAGGGGAGAGAGAGAGGGAGAGCGAGACAGAGAGGGGAGAGAGAGGGAGAGAGAGAGACAGAGAGGGGAGAGAGAGAGAGAGAGAGACUGGAGAGUUGGCAACAGUUGCUCUCUGAAGGAGCUCUUUGUGCUUUCUGUAUGUUAGAGUGGAGCUGCAUCACACAAACACACACACACACACACAUACACACACACACAAACACACACACGUCUAAAGUGACCUCUCCUUGUCUCCAUUUCUCUAUCUGGAUUCAUCUAAUAGAACUUGAAGCAAAUGGUCUGGCAUGCUUUUACCAUAUUGUUUUCACCUAUCCAAUGGCAGUUCAAUAUGGGCAGCACAGGGUUUACACUACUUGCUCAUGGUUAACAGAGAUAGGCUACAUUCUUCCGAUAGCAUUGAGGAGUACACUACAUCAGUCACUGGCUUCAUCAAUAAGUGCAUCGAUGACAUCGUCCCCACAGUGACCAUACGUACAUUCCCCAACCAGAAGCCAUGGAUUACAGGAAACAUCCGCACUGAGCUAAAGGAUAGGGCUGCCGCUUUCAAGAAGCGGGACUCUAACCCGGACGCUUAUAAGAAAUCCCGCUAUGCCCUCCGACGAACCAUCAAACAGGCAAAGAGUCAAUACAGGACUAAGAUUGAAUCGUACUACACCGGCUCUGACGCUCGUCGGAUGUGGGAGGGCUUGCAAACUAUUACAGACUACAAAGGGAAGCACAGCCGCGAGCUGCCCAGUGACACAAGCCUACCAGACGAGCUAAAUCACUUCAAUGCUCACGUCGAGGCAAGCAACACUGAAGCAUGCAUGAGAGCAUCAGCUGCUCCGGAUGACUAUGUGAUCAUGCUCUCCGUAGCCGAUGUGAGUAAGACUUUUAAGCAGGUCAACAUUCACCGCAGGGCCAGACGGAUUACCAGGACGUGUACUCCGAGCAUGCACUGACCUUUUCAACAUGUCCCUGACUGAGUCUGUAAUACCAACAUGUUUCAAGCAGACCACCAUAGUCCCUGUGCCCAAGAACACUAAGAUAACCUGCCUAAAUGACUACCGACCCGUAGCACUCACGUCUGUAGCCAUGAAGUGCUUUGAAAGGCUGGUCAUGGCUCACAUCAACACCAUUAUCCCAGAAACCCUAGACCCACUCCAAUUUGCAUACCGCCCCAACAGAUCCACAGAUGAUGCAAUCUCUUAUCUCUAUUGCACUCCACACUGCCCUUUCCCACCUGGACAAGAGGAACACAUACGUGAGAAUGCUAUUCAUUGACUACAGCUCAGCGUUCAAUACCAUAGUGCCCUCAAAGCUCAUCACUAAGCUAAGGACCCUGGGACUAAACACCUCCCUCUGCAACUGGAUCCUGGACUUCCUGACGGGCCGCCCCCAGGUGGUAAGGGUAGGUAACAACACAUCUGCCACGCUGAUCCUCAACAUGGGGGCCCCUCAGGGGUCCGUGCUCAGUCCCCUCCUGUACUCCCUGUUCACCCAUGACUGCAUGGCCAGGCACGACUCCAACACCAUCAUUAAGUUUGCCGACGACACAAAAGUGGAAGGCCUGAUCACCGACAACGAUGAGACAGCCUAUAGGGAGGAGGUCAGAGACCUGGCAGUGUGGUGCCAGGAUAAUAACCUCUCCCUCAAUGUGAUCAAGACAAAGGAGAUGAUUGUGGACUACAGGAAAAAGAAGAGGACCGAGCACGCCCCCAUUCUCAUUGACGGGGCUGUAGUGGAACAGGUUGAGAGCUUCAAGUUCGUUGGUGUCCACAUCACCAACAAACUAUCAUGGUCCAAACACACCAAGUCGUGAAGAGGGCAUGAAAAAGCCUAUUCCCCCUCAGGAGACUGAAAAGAUUUGGCAUGGGUCCUCAGAUCCUCAAAAAGUUCUACAGCCGCACCAUCGAGAGCAUCCGGACUGGUUGCAUCACCUCUAUACCAGGCGUUGUCAGAGGAAGGCCCUAAAAAUUGUCAAAGACUCCAGCCACCCUAGUCAUAGACUGUUCUCUCUGCUACCGCACGGCAAACGGUACCGGAGCGCCAAGUCUAGGUCCAAAAGGCUUCUUAACAGCUUCUAUCCCCAAGCCAUAAGACUCCUGAACAGCUAAUCAUGGCUACCCAGACUAUUUACAUUUAUCCCCCAACCACUCCACCCCACCCCACCCCAACCCUCUCUUUUACGCUGCUGCUACUCUGUUUAUUAUUUAUGCAUAGUCACUUUAACUCUAUCCACAUGUACAUAUUACCUCAAUUACCUCGACUAACCUGUGCCCCCGCACAUUGACUCUGUACCGGUACCCCCCCUGUAUAUAGCCUCCCUACUGUUAUUUUAUUUUACUGCUGUUCUUUAAUUAUUUGCUAUUUUUUACUUAUCUAUUUUUUACUUAACACUUUUUUUCUUUCAUUUUUUUUCUUAAAAAACUGCAUUGUUGGUUAAGGGCUUGUAAGUAAGCUUUUCACUGUAAGUUCUACACCUGUUGUAUUCGGCGCAUGUGGCAAAUAAAAUAAGAUUUGAUUUGAUGUGAUUUGCUAAUGAAUGACACCAGUCUCUCUUGACUCCUUUUCUGUCAUCUCUCUACUAGGGCCAUGAGCAGUCAGCCUCCUGGACUGGUAACAACAGGUACUAGAUGUGUCUACUGCAUUGCGUGUGUGUGUGUGUGUGUGUCUGUGUGUGCGUGUAUCUAUCCUGAUUGCCUAGUCACAUUUACCCCUACCCACAGUACAUGUACAUACUACCUCAGUUACCUUGACUACCUCUACCUCAAUUAUCUUGACUACCUCUACCUCAGUUACCUUGACUACCUCUACCUCAGUUACCUUGACUACCUCUACCUCAGUUACCUUGACUACCUCUACCUCAGUUACCUUGACUACCUCUACCUCAGUUACCUUGACUACCUCUACCUCAGUUACCUUGACUACCUCUACCUCAGUUAUCUUGACUACCUCUACCUCAGUUAUCUUGACUACCUCUACCUCAGUUACCUUGACUACCUCUACCUCAGUUACCUUGACUACCUCUACCUCAGUUACCUUGACUACCUCUACCUCAGUUAUCUUCUAUUCGGCGCAUGUGACAAAUAAAACGUGAUUUCAUUUUGAUGAUUUGAUUUGUGUGUGUGUGUGUGUGUGUGUGUGUGUGUGUGUGUGUGUGUGUGUGUGUGUGUGUGUGCGUGCGUGCGUGUGUGUGUGGAAGCGAUAUGAAAGGUCUGGAUGUGUGGAAUAUGACAGUUGGAUGGUAGACCAACCCAUGUUUCUCUCUCCUGGUCACUCUUAAACAGACACAGACACACACUGAUAGUGACUAAUGAAGAGGGCCAACGAGUUUGAGUGCGCACUAAUUGUUUGUGUGUGUGUUCGUGCAACUGUGCGUGUUUGUGCGUACUCGUGCAUCUGUGUGUAAGCUGACCCCUUUUUGGUGUUUGUGUUUGUUGAUUGACAGUCUGUCGGAGCAGCACACACACACACAUGGUGGGAGGGUGAGACGUUCCAGCUCCGACUCUUCAGGCUCCAACUCUUCAGGCUCAGACUCCUCCAGUGAGUCGGAGGAGGAGAGCAGUAGCCAUCGCUCCCGUAGCCCCAGCCCAGAAACACACUCCGAUCCUGGGACACCCACCGACACUCAGUCUCUCAGCUGCACUGAGGAGGUAGUACCACCACAAUCACUGUCUGUCACACUGCUGUCUGUCUGUCUGUCUGUCUGUCUGUCUGUCACACUGCUGUCUGUCUGUCACACUGCUGUCUGUCUGUCUGUCUGUCUGUCUGUCACACUGCUGUCUGUCUGUCUGUCUCACUGCUGUCUGUCUGUCUGUCACACUGCUGUUUGUCUGUCUGUCUGUCUGUCACACGGCUGUCUGUCUGUCUGUCACACUGCGGUCUGUCUGUCUGUCUGUCACACUGCUGUCUGUCUGUCUGUCUGUCACACUGCUGUUUGUCUGUCUGUCUGUCUGUCAAACUGCUGUCUGUCUGUCACACUGCUGUCUGUCUGUCUGUCUGUCUGUCACACUGCUGUCUGUCUGUCUGUCUCACUGCUGUCUGUCACACUGCUGUUUGUCUGUCUGUCUGUCUGUCACACUGCUGUCUGUCUGUCUGUCUGUCUGUCACACUGCUGUCUGUCUGUCUGUCACACUGCUGUUUGUCUGUCUGUCUGUCUGUCUGUCUGUCACACUGCUGUCUGUCUGUCUGUCUGUCUGUCACACUGCUGUCUGUCUGUCUGUCACACUGCUGUCUGUCUGUCACACUGCUGUCUGUCUGUCUGUCUGUCUGUCUGUCUGUCUGUCUGUCACACUGCGGUCUGUCUGUCUGUCUGUCACACUGCUGUCUGUCUGUCUGUCUGUCACACUGCUGUUUGUCUGUCUGUCUGUCACACUGCUGUCUGUCUGUCACACUGCUGUCUGUCUGUCUGUCUGUCUGUCUGUAACACUGCUGUCUGUCUGUCUGUCUGUCACACUGCUGUCUGUCUGUCUGUCACACUGCUGUCUUUCUGUAUGUAUACCAUAUCUCUCUCUAUUUAGCUACCUUUCUCUCUCAUGGCAUUUCUCAUUUUCUCUCUUUAUGGAUAUUUCUCUCUCUCCCUUUAGCCUCUUCCACCCUUUUACUCUCUGCCUCCCCUCAUUUCAAAUUCUCUCUCUCUCUCUGGGGGAGGGGGUGAGGGAGAGGGGGUGAGUCAGGGUGAGGAAGCAGGGGGAGGGGUAUGCAGGGGGAGAAGGGCAGGGUGAGGCAGGGUGAGGGGAGUUGCUGUAGGAAUUAGAGUCUGGGUGUCAUGUCAACAAGCCCAGUCCCAAAUAGGAAAGUCCACGGGAGGUGGGAGUCCCGGAGAUUCGGUUUCACGCUAACAUUGCGUUAGUAGUUAGCAUGAUAGUCUCUCCCACACUAAUACCCAACAGACUGCUACACUAGCUUACACUAAAGUAAAGGUAAGACUAACUUUAAAAUGGCAGUUUCAUUGGCAGUGAGUUACAAGCAUGUAAUAAUAAUAAUUUAUUUUAUUUUAUUACAAGCAUGUAAAUACCCAGUAGAGAGAGAGACCUAUAAAGAUCUAUUACACUGCUGCCUAUAGACAGAACAGAGAGAGAGAGAGAGAGCGAGAGGUCUGUCCAUAAGCAGCGGUGUAAAAUAGGUCCGUAUUUGAGGAGGCGGUGGGGGUUAUUGUCGAUGGAGGGGGACAGCAGUUAGGGGUGUAGGUUAGCUAUGCAGAGAGAGUUGAGUAGGGGAAACCUGCUUCUCCUGCCUGUAUGAAUGGAAGGCCCUGUGUGUCUGUAUGACCAUAGCUGGCUCUAUUCAUGCCGGAUAUCAGGCCCCUAUAGAGGUGGUGGGAGUGAGAGUGGUGGUGCGGGGGUGGGAGCCCCAUGUGUUUUUAAUCUACGUUGAGCGUUAUAGUGUCUCCCGAGGAGAGGGGGGGUUCCAGUUAGAGGGAGGGAGGUUGGGAGGGGGCAGAGAGGGUACAAGAGAUGCAGUGUCUUCUCUGGAAAAGAGGGUGAGGGAAAGAGGGAAGGGGGGCGUGACCUGGGGGGGGGGGGCGUGACCUGGGAGGGGGGCGUGACCUGGGAGGAGGCAGUGUUUGAGUAGAGGACUAGUUUAAAUUCGCUACUGGAGAGAGGGAGAGAGAGAGGGAGAGAGAGUGGGAGAGAGAGAGGGAGAGAGAGAGGGAGAGAGAGAGGGGGACAGGAAAAAAGAGAGAAAAGAGAGAGAGAGCAGGAAAGUAAUUGUGCACUCCACCAGUGAGUAUAUCCUCUUCUUUUUAAAACUCUCUUCUGUUCUUUCUGGAUUAAUAAGAGAGUUGUUAGGCAGAAUACACAGCUAGUCUGUUCAAUUUGGAUUAAUGAGUGAGUUGUUAGGCAGAAUAAACAGCCAGUGUGUGUGUGUGUGUGUGUGUGUGUGUGUGGGGGGGGGGGGGGUAUCCUCUGUCAGGGCAGAUGUGUGUAGAUUCCAGUGGUAGUAGAAAAGGAAGGAGGGUUGAAGAAGUGGCCAAAUUAAAGUGGACUAUGGUUGAACGAGUGGUAGUUUUGACAGUGUGUUGUUUUAAUGUACGUGUGCAGUGUAGAUUAGAACAGUUUAGAACAUUUCAGUUUUGACCGUGGUGAUAAGAAUGAAGCUGGAACUGUGAGUGAGUAAUGUGUGUGGGUACUGUUUGUAUGGUUUUGAGUGUGUGUUGUGUGUUUUGAAAUAUUCCAAUGUGUGUCAUAAUUUUUCAAGGAAUGUAUUGUUUACUCCUGUCACUGGUCAAAGCCACGUCGAUCGAUUCUACCCGGCGGAAACAAGACAGAAGAGAUCACCGAAAGAGAAAGAAGAAGAGAGUCGCGAGAGAGAGAGGAGCGUAGCGAGUCUCUAGCUCUAGCUCUCUCUCUAUCUCUCUCUAUCUCUCUCCUCUACUCUCUCUCUCUUCUCUCUCUCUCUCUCCGAUCUCUCUCUUCACAGAAAAGAGUGAGCAUAUGACAGACCCUCCUCUUCCUUCUUUCCUCAUCUUUUCCCUCCUUACACAGCUUUAUUAAACAUAUCGUUUUCUUUAAUAAAAAUAAAAUAAUAAUCUUGCACUGGCCAUUCAACAUAUCAAUAUUUUUGUGGGAAAAAGCUAAUCUGCAUAUUUAUAAAUAGUAUUUCUCACUGCUCAGGAAGAUUGUUGUUUUUGGCUUAACCACUGUUUUGAUUGAAUAUAGUUCAAUCACUUUCUGCAAGUCAAACUGACUUGUUCAUCACAAAAAGCAUGAUCUCUCUCCUUUGCUGUUCCUACCGGACUGUUUCUCCAUUCAUCCCUCUCUCCUUAAAUCUGUCAUCCCUCUCUCCUUAAAUCUGUCAUCCCUCUCCAUCCUCUCAUCCUCCUCUCUCUGUUUUCUCAGACAGAUCACCCCUCCACCACUCAGUGGCAGCUGGAUAAGUGGCUGAAGAAAGUCAGAAAAAAAUCCUUCUCCUGGGACCAGGAUUCCAGCAACCGCGACCACGCCCAGAGAGCUACAGAGCACAGCUCGCCCUCCCCAGACCCCCACGGAGCCCCGUCUCCGGCCAGAUUCUGGGGGACCAGAGAGGACUACAGUCCCAGCCAGAGCCCUGUUCCCAGCCCACACUUCAACUACAGCCCCAGGCAUAGCCCUCGGCCUAGCCCUGGCUGUAGCCCCUGUCCCAGUCCUUGCCCUAGCCCCAGCCCAAGACACAGCCCCAUCCCUAGCCCGGUCCCCAGUGUCUGUCCGAGCCCCUGCCUCAGCCCCAGAGCCAGCCGCAGCCCUAGCCCCAUACCCCGGCACCCCCCUAGGAGUCCUAGUCCUAGCCUUACUCAGUCUAGCUCCCGUCACUAUCCUCAGGUUCGGAGUCUUCAUCAGGAAAGCAUCAGGCCUCUCAAGCGGCCUAGCCUAACAAUCAGCCCGAGCCAUAGACCCAAAAUCAGGAUCGCACCUGCUCCCAGCAUUGAGCCCAAGAGCAAACUGAGGCACAGUUCCUCUCCCCAGCCUCCGCUUCAGCACAGCUCCAGGCCUAAACCCACACAGAGCCAGUCUGUUCCCACUCCCAAGAACACAGCCAAGGCAGCACCUGCUCUGAGCACUGAGCUGAGCCACAGACCCAGACCCAGGCCUAGUCCCAACUCCAGUCCCAGGCUUCAUUCUCGGUCUAAUUUGAAACACAACCCCAUCCUUGCCCUCAAAACCAGCCAACACCCAUCAACCUCUGGACAAAGGCCCAAGGAGAGUAGCAGACUCAGCCACAAUUCCAACUCCAACCACAGGCCCAAGUUUGGGCCUGGUUUGACAACCAGCCUCAGUACCAGUCCCAGUCCCACACCAGGGGCCAAGACCUUACCUGCCACAGACCCAAGCAGAGAGACCAGCAGCAGAAUUGGUGACAGUUCCAAAUCGAGCACCAAGCCACAUUCUCGGCCUAUCUCCAAAGCUGGUUCUGGGCCUAGCUCUAGAUCAAGCCCCAGUCCUAGACCCAAAGUCAAGUCCCGGGAGGCCCCUUCUCCCCACACAAAGCCUCCGCAGAGGAAGCCCCAAUCCAGGGAGAGAGAGCGGGAGGUGGACAACCAGAGAGAGAGGAAGGCAGACAGGCAGACAGAGGGAAGGGGGGGGAGUAAUGUAGAGAGACAGGCAGAGAAACAGGGAGAGAGGCAGGGGGAAAAACAGGGAGAGAGGCAGGGGGAGAAACAGGGAGAGAGGCAGGGGGAGAAACAGGGAGAGAGGCAGGGGGAGAAAAACAGGGAGCAGAGGCAGGGGGAGAAAAAGGAAGGAGAGAGCAGGGGAGGAGAAGGGAGAAACAGGAGGAGGCAGGGAGAGAGCAGGAGGAGAGGAGGAGAAACAGGGAGAGAGGCAGGGGGAGAAACAGGGAGCGAGGCAGGGGGAGAAACAGGGAGAGAGGCAGGGGGAGAAACAGGGAAAACAGGGAGUGAGGCAGGGGGAGAAACAGGGAAAACAGGGAGUGAGGCAGGGGGAGAAAGAGGGAAAGAGGCAGGGGGAGAAACAGAAGGAAAGAAAGGGGGAAAGAAAGGGAGAGCGAAGACUGGCGGAGGAGAAGUUGCUAAGACGCCCCUGGAUCCAGAGCUCAGAGGAAGAGGAGGAAGAGGACGUAGAGGAGAGAAAGAGGAGGAGGGAGGAGAGAGAGAGGGAGGAGAAGAGGAGGAGGAGGAAGAAACAACCGCAGCAGCAGAGAGGUGAAUGGCAGGCGGUCCAGCCCAAGCAAAGACCUCACACCAACAGCGAGCGACACCGCAAUCCCAUCGAUCCACAACGCCACGGGACCAAGAAAAAGAGGAGGAGGAAGAGUGAGGAGGAAGAUAGAGAGUCUCAGCCGGACCCUUCCCUUCCGCCAUCGCCCUCCUCCCCCACUCCUGUCAUCCCUCCCACAGAUUCCUCGUCUUCCUCCUCUUCAUCAUCAGAGUCCGACUCUGAGCCCAGUCUGCCUCCCAACGUCGCCAAAGUCCCAGCCGACUCCACGUCCAGCCAGCGUCCUAUCCCCAGGAGAGGGCACCAGGGCCCGGGGAGGCCUGCAGACAGCAGGCCUGGAGUGCUCUACCCCAGGGGCACUGCCACAUCCAACCAAGGCCAGGGGCCGCAGAGCCAGGGAAAGCAGAAACUCUACACCCUGGUCCCGUUUGGGCGUAGUGAACAGGCCCCAGCCUCCCAUCGAGGCCUGAGGAAUCUGGUGGUGCAGUUAGACCUCUCCCUGCUCAACAGAGUGCCUGACACUACGACAGACACCCCAGCCUUUCACAAACAUCCCUCCUCUUCCUCCUCCUCUUCCUCUUCCAAGCAAAAAGAGGCCAUGAGACACCUAUACACCCCCGAGACAGAGGGAGGAGACAGCAGGAGGAAACGCAAGGUAACACACAUUCCUUCUCUUUUUCUCUUCAUACCUUGAGUGUAAGCAAGCGAAACUCAGCAAAAAAAGAAAUGUCCCUUUUUCAGGACCCUGUCUUUCAAAGAUAAAUCGUAAAAAUCCAAAUAACUUCACAGAUCUUCAUUGUAAAGGGUUUAAACACUGUUUCCCAAUUAACCAUAAACAAUUAAUGAACAUGCACCUGAGGAACAGUCGUUAGGACACUAACAGUUUACAGACGGUAGGCAAUUAAGGUCACAGUUAUGAAAACUUAAACACUAAAGAGGCUUUUCUACUGACUCUGAAAAACACCAAAAGAAAGAUGCCCAGGGUCCCUGCUCAUCUGUGUGAAUGUGCCUGAGGACUGCAGAUGUGGCCAGGGCAAUACAUUGCAAUGUCCGUACUGUGAGAUGCUUAAGACAGCGCUACAGGGUGACAGGACGGACAGCUGAUCGUCCUCACAGUGGCAGACCAUGUGUAACAACACCUGCACAGGAUCGGUACAUCCAAACAUCACACCUGCGGGACAGGUACAGGAUGGAAACAACAACUGCCCGAGUUACACCAGGAACACACAAUCCCUCCAUCAUUGCUCAGACUGUCCACAACAGGCUUGUAGGCCUGUUGUAAGGCAGGUCCUCACUAGACAUCCCCGGCAACAACGUCGCCUAUGGGCACAAACCCACCGUCGCUGGACCAGACAGGACUGGCAAAAAGUGCUCUUCACUGACGAGUCACGGUUUUGUCUCACCAGGGGUGAUGGUCGGAUUCGCGUUUAUCGUCGAAGGAAUGAGCGUUACACCGAGGCCUGUACUCUGGAGCGGGAUCGAUUUGGAGGUGGAGGGUCCGUCAUGGUCUGGAGCGGUGUGUCACAGCAUCAUCGGACUGAGCUUGUUGUCAUUGCAGGCAAUCUCAACGCUGUGCGUUACAGGGAAGACAUCCUCCUCCCUCAUGUGGUACCCUUCCUGCAGGCUAAUCCUGACAUGACCCUCCAGCAUGACAAUGCCACCAGCCAUACUGCUUGUUCUGUGUGUGAUUUCCUGCAAGACAGGAAUGUCAGUGUUCUGCCAUGGCCAGAGAAGAGCCCGGAUCUCAAUCCCAUUGAGCACGUCUGGAACCUGUUGGAUCGGAGGGUGAGGGCUAGGGUCAUUCCCCCCAGAAAUGUCCGGGGACUUGCAGGUGCCUUGGUGGAAGAGUGGGGUAACAUCUCACAGCAAGAACUGGCAAAUCUGGUGCAGUCCAUGAGGAGGAGAUGCACUCCAGUACUUAAUGCAGCUGGUGGCCACCCCAGAUACUGACUGUUACUUUUAAUUUUGAUUCCCCCUUUGUUCAGGGACACAUUAUUCAAUUUCUGUUAGUCACAUGCCUGUGGAACUUGUUCAGUUUAUGUCUCAGUUGUUGAAUCUUGUUAUGUUCAUACAAAUAUUUACACAUGUUAAGUUUGCUGAAAAUAAACGCAGUUGACAGUGAGAGGACGUUUGUUUUGCUGAGUUUAUAAUAGCCUGGUGUCCAUCACUGUUGCUUUAGAACUAUAAUAGCCUGGUGUCCAUCACUGUUGUUUUAGAACUACAAUAGCCUGGUGUCCAUCACUGUUGCUUUAGAACUAUAAUAGCCUGGUGUCCAUCACUGUUGCUUUAGAACUAUAUUAGCCUGGUGUCCAUCACUGUUGCUUUUGAACUAUAAUAGCCUGGUAUCCGUGGUUCAGCCAUAAUGUGUGUGUUUCCUCCCAGUCAGAGAAUGGAGUCCAGCACCACAGAGAGAGUAAGAGGAGGAACUCCCACACCAACGGCCCCUCAGCCCACACAGAGUCUACAGCUAACAGACGUCUAGACCCCCACUCAGAUGCCAGACACAACGGGUGAGACUGGAACACACAAUCAUACACAUUUAUACACACUCUCAUACACACUUAUACACACUCUCAUACACAUUUAUAAACACUCUCAUACACAUUUAUAAACACUCUCAUACACACUUAUAAACACUCUCAUACACACUUAUACACACUCUCAAACACACUUAGACACACUCUCAUACACACUUAUACACACUCUCAUACACACUUAUAAACACUCUCAUACACACUUAUACACACCCUCCUACACACUUAUACACACUAGCAUACACACUUAUACACACUCGCAUACACACUUAUACACACUCUCACACACAAAACACUCAUACACACAUACACACUGUAAAAAGUACUGACUGUGUCCUUGGGGGGGGGGGGGGGGGGUGUAUGUGUGAGCAGGUUCUUGGAGGACUACCUGGACAGUAAGAGGCCACUGUCCCCCCUGUCCCCUCUCUCUGACACCCCGGACCCCACCAAGCCCCCCAUCAUAACACAGCCCCCAGAGCAGCACUACAUAAACAGCGAGAUGCCCAGGACUCAUGCUAAGAUGGAGGUGGAGUGUGUAGGUGUGUCAGGGCAGCCCCCGCCCAAGUGUGAAUCCUGGGGACCUCCUUUGCGACGGGCAGGGAGCCAGAGAGGAACUGUACUCAACCAUGAACCGUGAGUGACUGAAUUACUGAAAUUAGACCCCUUUCAGUCCUCAUGACCACAUUCUACAGCCAAACCUAUACCACCAGAAGCAGUCAGUAGCUACCACACAGUAAUAAUGUGUCUGAUCUUUACUAUUUACUCCGUCUCUCUCUCUCUCUCUCUCUCUCUCUCUCUCUCUCUCUCUCUCUCUCUCUCUCUCUCUCUCUCUCUCUCUCUCUCUCUCUCUCUCUCUCUCUCUCUCUCUCUCUCUCUCUCUCUCUCUCUCUCUCUCUCUAGCCCACACCAUGCUGAGUACUACAUGCAUGAGGCGAAGAGGAUGAAGCACCGUGCAGAUGCCAUGGUGAGACUGGCUCAGGACUGGGUCAGGACUGGGUUAGGACUGGGUCAGGACUGGGUUAGGACUGGGUUAGGACUGGGUCAGGACUAGGUUAGGACUGGGUCAGGACUGGGUUAGGACUGGGUUAGGACUGGGUUAGGACUGGGUUAGGACUUGGUCAGGACCAGAGGGACUGUUCUAACACUGAAAUAGGACAGUUAAGACUUUUUAAAAGAUGUCUAGGACAAUUAGUACAACUUUACAGAUGGUUUAAGAUAAGGACCCUGUCAUGAAAUUACUUGAUUAAGUGGCUAGAGAGGUCUCAUCUCGACCAACCUUUUUAUCCACAUAUCACAGCUUUUCUAAUAUCUGUCUUUCUUCUGCUCCUGCUAUCCUCUCUCUCUUCUCUUAUCUCUCUCUCUCUCUCUCGUCUUCUCUAUCUCGCUUAUCUCUAUCUCUCUCUCUCUCUCUCUCUCUCUCUCUCUCUCUCUCUCUCUCUCUCUCUCAGGUGGAUAAGCUGGGGAAGGCAGUGA